AUGGCGGCCUCGGAAGAAUUCUACAUUGACGACGAACGUCGUUUCCUCAUGAACUUGCUCAUGGUCGGCGCUGGUGCCGUUACCGUCGGAGGAUUCGGAAUUCCCUACAUUCUCUUCUUUGUCCCACCGGGCUCGGGAACUGGUGCAGGCGGUAUUCCGGCCAAGGACGCUCUCGGUAACGAUAUCAUGGCCAAGGCCUACCUGGAUUCCAAGCCGGUCAAUGAUCGUUCCUUGGCUCAGGGAUUGAAGGGAGAUGCCACAUACCUUAUUGUGAAGGAAGACAAGACUUUGGAGACCUACGGGUUGAAUGCUGUCUGCACUCACUUGGGAUGCGUCGUCCCGUGGUCCGCCGCCAGCAACAAGUUCAUGUGCCCUUGCCACGGAUCCCAGUACGCCCCCGAUGGUGCCGUCGUCCGUGGACCCGCUCCUCUUCCUCUCGCCCUCGCUCACUGCGACGUUGGUGAGGAUGGCAAGAUUAUGUUCUCCCCCUGGACCGAGAGCGAUUUCCGUACCGGAGAAAAGGGAUGGUGGAACUAA